AUGCACACUGUGCAGGAUUGGUUCAUUCUGCCAGGACAGAAAGCCUCAUGGCUUUCGCCCAUUAUCGCUCGCUACACUACUUGUGUCUCUCUCUCUCUCUUUGUGUGCAAGGACAUUACUGCUAUCUACCUACCUAAUCACUUGUCUACCCAUGCACAAUGUGCUUGCCCUUACCCUAGACGCCCUCAGCCUAAUACAAAGAUAAGGCACACGGAUGGUUUCAAGACAGUGGUUACGUUUAACAAUAUGGGUAUAUAUAUAGACUAUAUAAAGUAG